AUGCUCGAGGGUCCGAUCGAGGACACCCGUGCCUGUCUGGCCUGGGUGCAAAGUGGCGGCCUGGACAGAGAACUGAACAGGCACGGCUUCGCCGCCGACCUGGAUCGCAUCGCGUCGUACGGAAUGUCUUCGGGCGGAAGCUUAGCCCUAUGUUUGGGGUUUGACGUUCCCAAGCCGGUGCGAGCGGUCUUCGCCAUGUGCCCGACAAUCAUGUGCGGCCAUCCGAGGUGGUUCAUGAAUGUCGAGAGGAUGACUAGGCUCCCAGACAUGGAUCCUGGAUUCAUGGAGCGAGUCUAUCAGGAGAAGCCUGUACCGGUCGAGGGAGGUGUGCGACUGAAUGGCAAGUGGUGCCCUCUCAAAAUCAUCAAAGAGCCUUGGCUCGAUCACAGAGCGGCGUUUAUGUAUGCUCAACUGGCGAGGGGGAAGUUGUUAAAUGUGUGCUAUCCGAAAGGGGUGGAGACAGUGGACUUCAAGCCCAUCGAUCCAUAUUUGAAUGUGACUGGCGACUUCCCGGCGACUUGUAUUGCACAAGGCACAGCAGACACCUUUGUCCCCGUGGAGGCUCCGCAAGGCUUCGUGAAGAAGCUCCAGAGCGUUGGAGUCCGGUCGCAGCUCAUCGAGAUUCCAGGAGCAGAACACAUGUUUACAGCGACAAUGAAGCCAGUAGACAUGACUUAUGAGUUACAAAGACAAGGGUUCAACUUUAUCCAGGAGGUUUUUGGCAGUGGUACUGAAGUGUGA